CUGUUUCAAACAGGUCACGCAAUCAAAGAGGAUCUUGAGCUAUUCGCUUACACUUCAUUAAGGCUCUUGUGUGCCGAUAUUCGAGGAGAAUUGUUGUGUCUUCAAUGUCUUCUCAGGAGACAAAGAAAGUUUCGUCCGAUGUUGCGCCGUUGCUGCCUCAUCAAUCGGACCCGUCGUUGCUCGAGGCCUUUCGGUACAUCAACUCAGUCCCGGGAAAGGAUGUACGUGGUAAGCUGAUCGAUUGCUUUCAGCUUUGGCUUAAAGUGGAAUCAACAGAGAUUUUGGACUCCAUCAAAGAUAUUGUUGGGGAUCUACACAACGCAAGUCUCCUCAUUGAUGACAUUGAAGACAACAGCAAAUUGCGGCGCGGUAACCCGGUCGCGCACAGCAUUUUCGGCAUACCACAGGUUAUCAAUUGCUCUAAUUACGUGUACUUUCUGGCUCUUGAGAAGGUCCAUGCUUUGAACUCACCGACAGCCAUGCAAGUGUUCGUUGGGGAGCUUCUGAAUCUGCAUCGAGGCCAGGGUCACGAUAUUGCUUGGCGCGAUUCAAUACGCUGUCCCACAGAAGGUGAAUACUUGACCAUGGUACAAGACAAAACGGGCGGCCUUUUUCGGCUCGCCGUAGGCCUUAUGCAGUGUUUUGCAACGACUCAUCGCGAUACAGAUUUUUCCAAUCUAGUCAACAAUCUAGCAAUGUACUUUCAAAUCCGUGACGAUUUUAUCAACCUGGCCGACGAAGAAUACAUGAAAUCCAAGUCCUUUUGUGAGGACCUGACCGAAGGCAAGUUUAGCUUUCCUAUCAUCCACGCUAUUCGGAGCGACGAAUCGGAUACAAGAAUUCUUUCCAUCUUGAAACAACGGCCUGACGAUGUCGACGUGAAGCGAUACGCACAAGUUUUGUUGAAAGACUCCGGAAGCUUGGACUAUACUCGAGAAAAGUGCAGUGCUUUGAAACGGGAUGUCGUUGCCGAAAUUGGAAAUCUAGGGGGAAAUCCUCCUUUGCUGAAGGUACUAGACAUGUUGGACGUGCAACUGGAAAAGAUGUCGAUUGAUGCACCAGGCGAACGGCGCUCGGUAGAGAUUGACGAAGCAUAA